AUAUAUAUGGUGUAAGCUGGAUUGGAAUUCGAUAUCAUGGAAGUUCGGCCUAUGCGGCAUAACUGGUGUCGCUCUUGUGGGUUAUUUGACUUGGCCUCUUCUGGUUUAUGACAAAAAGGGAGCGAAAGCGUCAAAAUACGGAAAAGGAAGAAUGUUAUUUAGAGGUUUAGAUAAUCCUAGAAACUGGUGCUUCGUAAAUUCAGCUGUGCAAGCAUUAUCCGCAACGAAAGCUUUUCAGUCUUGGCUUGAAUCAAUUUGUGUAGAAAACGAUGAUUCUCUGGCAGUUGGCAACAAUCUGAAGUUUUUAAUAGCCGAACUAAACCGACCUUCGGUCGAGAUGAGUUCAGAAAUUUUAUCGUGCGCUAAUCUACUUAAUGCACUGGUGUUCAAACAUGGCUGGACUAGAGAGUGCAAACAGCAAGAUGUGCAUGAGGCUUUGAUUCUACUUUUUGAAGCUAUUUUAAGCGAAAUGAGUUCACGUUCAGCUCAAGAGAACCACUUAAAUUUCAAGAUUUCUUCAAAGGCUUCGGAGAAUAAUGCUCGCAUUCGAACAGUGUCGAAAGUAAAAGUAUCGUUGCCUUUUUCUAUGUAUGCAGUAUCUGUAAUGAAAUGUCUAUCGUGUAAGUGGACGAGAAAACCGUCCAAAAUAGAGAGUGCACGGUCGAUUUCCAUGUACCCUGCCUUUGCACAGACUGUACCCGCCUCGUGUGAGCUGCAGCUUGACGACCUGCUGAGGAGACAUUUCGAGGGGGAGUUACUUACUGGCGUGAACUGUGAAAAUUGUUCCAAAUUAGCUGGCGGAGUUCCGAUCAACACAAGUCAGAAAAGGUCUUUCAAAAUCCUGAAAGCGCCUCGAUGUUUGAUGCUGCAUUUAAACCGUACUUUUUGGUCUCCUUUCGGGGAACCUCGGAAGCUUCUGAACCACGUUGCAUUUCCAGUUAUGCUCAAUCUCUUACCAUUCAUGCAUGAGUAUUUCAAGUUGACUUCCGACACGAAUCGAUUUUGGUAUAAGUUAUCGGCGGUUAUUUCCCAUUUAGGAGCUUCAAAUGAGUUUGGACAUUACAUAACCUACAAAAGAGUGAAAAAUAAAGAAAGGGAGCGCUGGCUCUGCAUUUCAGAUGAAGAGGUCGAAUAUUGUUCAGUAGACGCCGUUUUGAAUUCUAGUUUUUAUAUUUUAGUUUACGACAGAUUUGAUGGACGAAUUGAUAAUACUGCUAAUUAUGUAAAAUCGAAACUUUAAA